AUGGAUGUGACAGUGGCACAACAGUAUGGCUGUAUACCAAACAGUGACGGACAGCUACGGGAGGAGGUGAGGUCUUUGGGAGUGUGGUGCCAGAAUGUAACCUCUCACUCAACGUUAAAAAAAGGAGUGAUCGUGGACUUCAGGGAAACAGCGAGGGAGCCCUGCUAUCACAUCGACGGGACGCAUUAUUUCAUAUCUUUCUUUCCAGACCCCCCGCAGCUCACUCUCACUGUUUCUGGAGAUGAGGUUCCCCCUGAGCAGCAGCACUGUGAGGAGGAGUGGAGCGAUCAAGAGAUCAUCGAGUCCAUAUUCAUUUCCCCCUGUGUGGAAAGCAACAGUGAUCAGGACUCACCCGAGCGCUCACGACUUUACCAAACUCUGAAGAACUCCCUUCCCACCAUUGCAGCAGAACCGAUCCAAACAAAUCCAGAUGGAGAGGACAACAAAAUAUCAGAAUCAACCAGUGACACUCCCCUCACACAAUUAAAGCCUCUCAAAAUGAAGAGAACACGGUUAAAGAAAGGACAAAGGUCUUCCAUCUGCACCGAGGGCAAGACAACCAGUGAGUUGAAAGCGCCAUUGAGGCUUCACACAAGGAAGAGGCUCUACAGUUGUACCGAGUGCACAGCAACCUAUGACAGACCUUGUCAUUUGGAAAUCCACAAGAGAACUCACACAGGUGAGAAACCAUACGAGUGCAAAGACUGUGGUAAAUGCUUCAACCGCAAGAAUAGCCUAACGAUGCAUAUGCUGACUCACACAGGGGAGAAAUCGUUCUGCUGCCAUGAAUGUGGCAAACGCUUCRGUCUAAACACGAGACUGAUACUUCACAUGAGGACACACACAGGGGAGAAGCCACACAAGUGCCCUUUCUGUGCCAGAUGCUUUACAUUUCCAAGUCACUUAAGUCGUCACAAGAAGCUCCACACAGGAGAGAGACCACAUCAAUGCAAUGUAUGUGGGAAAUGCUACACGCGGAAGGAGCACCUGACAGACCAUAUGACAUCCCACAGUGGAGCAAAACCAUACAGCUGUAUGCAAUGUGGCAAAUGCUACGCACUGCAAGGAAACCUGAGAGCGCAUAUGGCGAGUCACACAGGGAAUAAGUCAUUGUGCAGGUGCGCUGUGUGUGGAUUAGGUGUUCUAAAUCUAAGCCGCCACAUGCAAGAAGUUCACACAGGAGGCAAACAGCAUCAGUGCCAAGAUUGUGGGAAGUGCUUCAACCGAAAGGAAAAACUGACAGAGCACAUGAGGACUCACACGGGAGAGAAACCGUAUCGAUGUCAUGAUUGUGGCGAAUGCUUUAGGCUCAAUGUAACCCUGAAGAAACACAUGAUGACACACACAUCUGAGGCAGGUGCUGUUCCACGAGAGAAGAUAUGAGAACUCAAGAUGGGACAUACACAGGGAGAAAAUCUGUGCAAUGCAUGUUUCAGCAAUAUUGUUUAGAUGUUUCAAUGUUAAUUUUUAUUCACUUAUUUACAUUGCCCAUUUGUAACUUUCAUCCAAAGUUAACCUUUACCUGUCUGUACCUUUCGGUCGUUGUUGGUGAUUUAUGUUGGUAUCAAUAAAAGAAUGAUCAACAUGAAAAGUCA